CUCCUUGCUGCUGAGUUCAGUCGCCACUCGGAUGCAGGCAGAAAAUGGCGUCUGCAAAGUUUCUCGAGGAAGCCCUGAACAAUGACGUCGACGAGUCGGCCGUAAACGCGAUCGUGGGCUCCCUGGAGACGCAGCUUGGUUCGGCGGGGGCAGUCGGAGGCGGCGCCCCCACCCCCGGGCCCACAGUCGCGGUCCCCGGUGCCGUCGCCACGGCUCAGCUCAACGGGCCCGCCAAGCACAACGGGGCCCCGGACAUAAACAACGGCGAGCCAGCAAGACCCCUAAAGACUGAGCCGCCGACGGUGAACGGCAUAGUGACGCCGCCCACCCCCGUUGCCACCCCCGCACCAGCAAAGCCCCCACCUGUGAUCAGCAACGGCGCCACCAAGACGGUGCCGCCCCCGCCGGCCCUUGUGCCUGCUGCCGCCCCCACCAUGCAGAUCCUCAACGUGAACCCUAUCCGAGCGGCGGCCCCCAAUGCCGCCCCCGGAAUUAACCCUGGGGUUAUGCAGAAAGGGGUGCCGCAGCGGGUAGUCAUCGGCACCCAGCAGAUGGUCGGCGCACGUCCUGGACAACCUGGGCAAAUCACCCUUCAGGCAAUACCAGGUCUGCAACCUGGCGCGCAGGGUCACAUCCUGGUCAAAACAGAGAAUGGGCAGCUGCAGUUGUUGCGCGUAGGCAGCAUCGGACCAGCCACGACUAAUGCACAGGGAACAUUAACUCAAGCAGGAGCCCCUGGAGCAACGACUACCUACCGCCUCCAGUCUGUGCCAGUUUCGGCCGCCCCAAGACCAGGAGCACCUAUGCAGCAGGUCGCCACAGCACCGCAGGGUGUCAGACUGGUGACCGCAGGGACAAACUUGGCCGGUGGCGUUGCAGUGACGCAGGGCAUCGUGCAGCCACAGCAGCAGACGGCCGCGCAACUGGCGCAGAAGCAGGCCGUGGACUCAACAAAGGAAAAGUGCCGCAAGUUCCUGGCCAACCUGCUCGAACUUUCGAGUCGCGAACCGAGACAAGUCGAACGCAACGUGCGCACCCUCAUUCAGGAGCUCAUCGACACAAAGGUGGAACCCGAAGAGUUUUGCGAUCGACUAGAAAAACUUCUAAACGCGUCGCCGCAGCCGUGCCUAAUUGGUUUCCUUAAAAAGAGUUUGCCGCUUUUGAGGCAAGCGCUGAUAACUAAGGAACUGGUCAUCGACGGCAUUAGGCCGCCACCAAUGACUGUAGUCUAUCAGUUGCCCCAGGGUGGACUUGUCAUGCCCACCACCCUUCAGGCGCGUGGUCCUGGAACACAGGGACAGCAGAUAAGACUGCAGGCAGCGCCUACGCAGCUGACGACGCAGGUCCGUGUGAUGGCGCCGAUGAACGCAGCAGGCGUCCGAGCACCCAUGCAGCACCGACUUGUGACGGUGAGUGCCCCAGGCGCCGCGUCAACAGCCUCCACCACCACCACCGUGCGCCUGACCACACCUACAAGGCCAAUGGUUCCUGGGAAGAUGGCCUCACCAAUCACUGUUGUUCGAGGCCAGGUGCCUUCGGCUGCGACUACGACCAUCAAAACGAUGCCUGCCUUGUCCAAGGAGAAAGAGAAAAAGACGUUCUCUUCAUCUGGUUAUGCUGGCGACGACGACAUAAACGAUGUUGCAGCAAUGGGUGGCGUCAACCUGGCCGAAGAGUCGCAGCGAAUCCUUGGGUCAACCGAGUUUGUCGGCACACAGAUCCGCUCAGUGAAAGAUGAGUUGUUUCUGCAUGCCGGCCCACUGCACCAGAGAAUCAAGCAGAUUUUGGCAAAGCACGGUCUAGACGACCCGCCAAACUCGGAAGUGGCAGCCCUUAUAUCUCAUGCCACCCAGGAGCGCCUUAGAGAACUAGUAGAAAAACUCGCAGUCAUCUCCGAACACCGACAAGACAUGCUCAAGUUGGAGUCUCACUACGAGCCGACGCAGGACGUUCGGGCGCAGCUGCGGUUUCUUGAGGACCUAGAUCGAAUGGAGAGGCGGCGGCACGAUGAGCAGGAGCGCGAGCUUCUUCUUCGGGCGGCCAAAAGCAGAUCCAAAACAGAGGACCCUGAGCAGGCCAAACUCAAAGCCAAAGCAAAAGAGAUGCAACGGGCAGAGAUGGAGGAGUUGCGCCAACGGGAGGCCAACCUGACAGCCUUGCAGGCCAUUGGCCCCAGAAAAAAGCCAAAGCUCGACCUCAAUGGCGCCUCCAGCUCCUCUGGACAGUCAACGACGGCAGGGGCAAGUGGUUCUAGCAGUAGUACAACAAAAGCCACGAUGCCAUUGAGAUCGAGAGUGAAGCGAGUCACCAUGAAGGACAUAUUGUUCUUGCUGGAGCAGGAGAAGACGACGUGUCGGUCGCCGUUCCUCUACAAAGCUUAUCUCAAGUAGAUCAACUGGCGAAAUAAAAUUAAAAUGCAAAACAAACCGAAUAAGUGACUGUGAAGAAGAGAAAUGCAAAAAAGCGGCGGCCAUUUUAAUCGCGUCUAUUUUUGUAUCGCGCGGGACACCAAAGAGGACCUUGAUCACAUUCCACUGUCUCAAGUGCACUUGGAUUGCGCUGGCCCACCGGCCGCCCCCAACCUAAUGCCUGCCCCCACCCCCGUGCCCUGAGAAAGAGAAAAGCAAGAAAUGGACGGACGGACGGGGAGUUUGUUGUGGUCCGUGUGGGUCCAGCAGUCGGUUACGCUAAUUGUUUGUUAAGUUUGUGUUUAGUCGGGUCUUCUAGUGAGUACCUUGGAUCGUACAUACACCGCUCUGUACUGUACAUACAACAAAAACAACCAACGUUUCGUUGUUUGAUUAAUGACCACAAAUGCUGAUUCACCGAGAGACAUUUCCUAUGAGAAUUGAGCGAUGGAGAAUCAAAACCGAUUUGUUCGUUCGCAUGUGAACGGAGUUGCAAGGAGUCGUUUGUUUUAAUUCAGUGUUGUGCAUGUUUUUUUUAGAGAAAAGCAGAUUUGAGGAGAAUAAUCAACAAGCCGAUGAAAAAGAGAAAAUAUCUAUUAAAAAUUUUUAUUUUGCA